AUGGUUGUUGUCACCUUGAAGAAAACAACACGAAUCGCCGUGCUAUGUUUGACCGUCAUCGUGGCCUACUCAAUGCUUCUAGCGUUGAACCCGAUGAAGUCGCUAGCUCAGCGCUACCACAAACUGGUCUAUUUGAACCUCCGUAUUCUAUAUUUCAAGUACAUGUCCGCCGACCUUAAGCUAGAUACGAGCUCCUCGUUCCAGCAGACUCUAGACGAUGUGUCCACCGAGAAACUCGGCGACAACACUUCCCCAGAUAAUUUUUUUAUAAACCCAAACUACAUACCCGAAACCACCUUGCCCAUACCGUCCUAUUACGGCACAGACGAUAAGCCUUUAAUCCAGCCGUUUGACCCAAGAUUUACCCUCGCCGCCUACUACCACUGGAUUCGCGCGAACCCAGACAAGCCAGUUCCGUUUCAUUGGUCCGACUGGGUCGACCUCAAAGAUCUCAAUAAGUACAUUCUUUUACCCGAGAAGGCUAAGCCCAAUUGUACCGAGGUGUAUGAUAUCUCCAACCAGAGAAAGGUGCUCAAGGGCUCUGUGGCUAGACCGGUGGAACAAUAUUGUCACGAUGACUCGCUGUUUCCCUUGGGCUGGCGUAUCAGUCAGUUCCCCCAUGCGCAAACUAGAGAAAACAUGAGAAUGUUGGGCAAGUCUUUCCUUUACUCUGGCUUUCCCAGUCCAACGAAACUUGUGUUUUUGACGAACGAUGCGGGCUCUUACGUCAUCGAUGUUGAAGACCACGAGAAUAAUAACUAUCGAAACUCGGUUUUGUUCAAUGGAAUGGUCGAAGACAUUAUGACCGAGUUGGACGGACGUUCAUUCGACGUUCUCAAAGCGUAUAACCAGCUUGUGGAGUCCAGACCGCCCACUAAUGCCGACGGCGUGAUGCGUGAUUCCGUCAUCCACCUCGACCAGGACAUGUUCCACGUCGACGCCAAAGAGGUCAUUGAUGAACUCAAAAGAAUGGACCACAAAUCCGUCAUGGACAAGAAGUACCUCGAGUGCUUGCUUGACUCCACUGGCACUUCCACUCCAGUCAAGUACUUUGACGAGGCGAAGUUGGUCAACUCUGAUAGCUCCAAGAUCUUCGGCGAACAUCACGACUGGCGUUUCUUUGAUGGUCUCACAAUCAAUUCUGACAGACAAGUGCUUGUCUUGCAUAGACUCAUCAAAAACUACCUCCAGUUUUGCAAGACCCACGGUCUUGUCACAUGGAUUGCGCAUGGCUCUUUGCUUUCUUGGUACUGGAACGGUAUGGCUUUCCCCUGGGAUGCAGACACCGAUGCUCAGAUGCCGAUUAGAGAUUUGCAUAGAUUGGGCAGAGAGUUCAAUCAAACCCUUGUUGUUGAAAAUGUUGGUGUUGACGGCGUUGGUGAUGAGACGAAUUUCAACGGUAUGGGCUCGUUCUUCGUUGACGUUGGCUCCAGUAUCACUCACCGAGAGCGUGGUAACGGUAUGAACAACAUUGACGCUCGUUUUAUUGACGUGUCUACCGGUUUGUACGUCGAUAUCACUGGCCUUGCUCUCAGUAAUGAGACAGCCCCAUCCAGAUAUGACUACAAGAUUAACCUCGACAAGAACAAGAAGAAGCUCAGUACCCAGAGCAAGCUGACUUUCGUCGAUAAUGCAUUGAAGCAGGUCUACAACUGCAGAAACCGUCAUUUCAGCUCAUUACAGGAGUUGUCACCCUUGAUUGUGCUGGGAGUCCAGAACCAGCUUGGCUACGUUCCCCUGAACUUUGGCUUGCUUCUUGACCAGGAGUACCAAGUCAAGGGUUUCUUGCAGACCAACUUUCAAGACUACUACUACCUCAGAAACCUUCGUAUUUGGGUGAACAACAAGAUUGUCACGGAGUACAUCAAGAACAAGGGCAAGUUCGUUGAGGACAACUCGGUAAAGAAGGAGAAGCGUGUUGUCAGCGAGGAUGACGCCAAGAUGAUUGAAAAGUUGAACUUGGAUGACCACAAGAACUUGAUCAAGCACGAGUGGAUUUUCAGGGAGUAUGUUCUGACGAGAGAUUUCACGGCGUUCCACGAGGAGCAGAUGAAGCAUCUUUUGCGUAACCGUAUGGAACGGUAUAUCGAAGGAGUGAAUCACUUUUCAAACUCCAACACUGUGAACCACCCACUUUGGGCCGACACAUUCAUGCAUCAUAUCCAUGUUGAUAAGAUCAGAUACGAAGAGGAAGUCGACAAGCUUCUCGAGCUUAGCAACGCAUACAAGGACGAGGUGAGGAAGGAAGAAAUAGAGGCCCAGAAGGAGAGUGAACGGGCAAGAGAGAAGGAAGAGGCGGCGAAGCAGAAGCAAGAGGAAGAGGCGGCGAAGCAGAAUCAGGAGGUGAAAGCCGAAGACGCUAAUGACGACGCCAAAGAAGAGCUCGUUCCGAUUUCGGAUGAUUCUGAUGUCACUCCCGACACAUCAGCCGAGGAGGCCAGAGCUGAGGAGGUCUCCCCGAACGAAGUGCCCAUAGAAGAAGCACCCAAGGAAGAGGUCCAAGCCGAGCAGGCCCCGGCUGCACAAGAUAUACCAAACGAAGCUCCCCAGGAGCCACCACAGGAAGCUCAAUACAAGGAGCAAGCCGCCAGCAAUUAA